AUGACUGAUAAUCAAUAAGUUCCUUUUGGAAGUGGAAUGUUUUAAGGUCAAGCAAAGUUUGUGGAUUAUGCUCAUAUGAAUUAAUAAGAAGUAUAAGUGAAUACUUUAGAUGAGCCAGUUACGGAUACUUUAGUAAAUUUGAUUUUGAUUAUAAAGUUGAGAGAUAUCAAUAUGAUACUAUAUAAAUUAUCAUAUGUCAUAAUUCCUAGAAUGAAGGAGACCCAAGGAAGGAAAUUAAGAAAUUGUAAAAGAAUAGAUUAAAUUAAAUUAGGGGAUUUAUGGGGACCACUUCUUUUAUCAUUAUUGUUAGCGAUGUAAAUAUAAAAUGAUUAUAAAUUAGGACAUUAGGAAUAAAUUCUAAUCAAUCAUGUACUAGUUGAGAUAAUUGAUUUUUA